CAGACACUCCCACCUCCUUCACUAACAGACACUUCCUUCUCCAGCUCAGACUCUCUGCUGCGUUCGUGUCGACUGACCAGAGUCCAUGAACGCAGCGCUGCUCCUCCUAACUUCAACCUGACCUUACAUCAGCACAGCAGCACCUCUUCCUCCAGCAGCCACAUUCCAGAAGCUCUGCUCAGACAUGUCGCUGUACAGCUUUGGCCUGGAGCCUCUUUCCUGCCACACCUGGAACAAAGACAGAACUCAGAUCGCUGUGAGUCCGAACAACAACGUGGUGAACAUCUAUGAGAAGAAAGGCAAAGACUGGGUGAAGAUUCAUGAGCUGACGGAGCACAGCGGACGGAUCACAGGCAUCGACUGGGCUCCAGAGUCCAACCGGAUCGUGACCUGUGCUUCCGACCGGAACGCCUACGUCUGGACCAUGAAGGACGGCCUGUGGAAACCCACCCUGGUUCUGGUCCGGAUCAACCGAGCUGCCACCUGCGUGAAGUGGUCUCCUCUGGAGAACAAGUUCGCUCUGGGCAGCGGAGCUCGCCUCAUCUCGGUCUGCUACUUUGAGAAGGAGAACGACUGGUGGCUCAGUAAGCACAUCAAGAAGCCGAUUCGUUCCACCAUCCUGAGUCUGGACUGGCAUCCCAACAACAUCCUGCUGGCUGCUGGAUCUGCAGACCUUCACUGCAGGGUCUUCUCGGCCUACAUCAAGGACAUCGAGGACAAGCCGGGACCAACUGCCUGGGGGGCCAAGAUGCCGUUUGGGGAGGUUCUCCUGGAGCAUAAGGACUGUGGAGGGUGGGUCCACAGCGUGUCCUUCUCCCCCAGCGGAGACCAGCUGGCCUGCGUGACCCACAGCAGCAGCAUGAUCGUAGUCGAUGCCGCUCAGGGCAAAGAAGUGACCCAGCUGACCACCGAACAUCUGCCCAUGCUGAGUGUCCUUCACGUCAGCCCCACCGAGCUGGUUGCCGCGGGCCAUGACUCCUGCCCCUACCAGUUCAUCUAUAAAGGUCCUGGAACUCUGGAGUUUGUCAAGAAACUGGACAUCCCCAAGCAGACGUCCAAAGGCAGCAUGUCUGCCAUGCAACACUUCCGUAACCUGGACAAGAGGGCCACGGAGGACGAUUCCAACGAGCUGGACACCCUCCACCAGAACAGCAUCACGCAGCUGUGUGUUGUUUCAGGAGAGAAAACCAAGGUGGAGAAGUUCAGCAGCAUUGGUCUGGAUGGAGCGAUGGUCAUCUGGGAGUUUAAGCACUGAGUUCUUCUCAGAUCUUCCAGACCUCCAACACCUUCAGUAGCUGGACUUAACAUCUGUCAAGAAAAAACUGAUGUUUUAAAUCAAUAAAGAUCUGAACAGCUGA